GCCUGGUUCGUGCUUGCAUGGGUGGCCGUUACAGGGCUUGCGGGAUAACGAGGCCGCACCAUCCAUUGUUGUACUGUAUUCUAUGCCCUCCGAACUAUACUCCCCGCACUCACCAGCGUGGUGAAGUAUGGUCAAAUAAACCCCACGACUCGCGCUGCGUCAUGGGGGUGUGUUUAUCCAGCAGCGGAUUGACAAAAGGGCUGUACAUGUACGGACCCCGAAGAUCAUUACGUUAUAUUGUUUAUUCUAAUUAUGCGUGUUGAUGCAGAAGAGUCUCAUUGCGCAUGUACGUUGAACUUCUUUCGCACCGUACGUAGCCAGCCGUGCCAAUCGCAGGUGAUUGCUAUGCGUGUUCCCAAUUGACCAAUUUGCGGGCAAAGUUGUCAAAUGUGGCAACUCUGUGCCGGGGCAAACGACACGCGGUUGCUUUCUCUUGCGCACAACGCCACGGAGUCUUUAACCUUCGUUGCGAAGCAGACGGGGCGCAGUGUGAAUCCGGGCUGCCGCUGGAGUCGCGCCGUUCACCUCUGCAACAGCACGCGGCGCACGCUCGACCCUCGAGGCCAUGCCACGCGAGUGGGUGGCGGUGGGGAGUUGCAAAGGACAGGGCCGUUCACGCGACAAUGCUCUCUCAAAAUGUCCCAUCACACGUCGGUGCACAUUUUUAAAUGUGUGGUGAGGGCGGCGGAAUUGUUGAGGACCCAGCAUCUUGUUUGCGAUCAGGGUUAGCUGGGGUGCCGGGCCAGCCACGCGCGUGUGUGCCUUUGUGGAUUUCGCUGUGACGACGCCUUCUUCCGUUGCACGUCUCUGUGUGCCCACCUCGCCGUGAUCAGCCGUGGACAUCUCGUCCGACUGGUUCUACCGGUCUGCAUGGUCUCCGUACGUGCACGUUGCUCAUCGCGCAUAUCCAAAAUUCCGCUUCCCCAAUCGCACACGCGGAUUACGCAAACACAUAGAUUGCGGAUACACACACACGCGCAUAGAUUACACACAAACAUGCAGGGGCUUACCGACAGCGCCUGCCCUGCUUAUUCUCCGUUCUCAUCGUAGGGGGGGAGGGUAGGGAGCAGUUAAUCCACCCGAACGCCCGUUGCUUUGUACCGAGUUUAUUCGCCAUAGAGUUUUUGGGUUCAACAGCUGCGUUGCGGCGUGAGUCUCCCGAGAAACGUGGAUCAAAGCGCGCGGAGAGUGGGUGGGGAGCCUCGCUGAGGUUUCCUGAACAGGGCUGUAGCCAGGGCGAGGCGGAGAGGCCCCACAGGGAUCGGCACUCGAGGCGGCUGCUGGCUGCUGCUGUAGAAGGGAUGUGGCUGUUUGUUGUAAUGCGGCAAGUCGGGUGGCCAAACGGCUCUGGGGCGUGUUGACUAAGGGGACCGCUCUCGUGCCGAACGCUGCUGCUCCAGACGUGCGUGAGUGCACGCCGCGCGUGUGUGUGUGGGAGAGAGAGAGAGGGACCUUCGCUCUGUUGAAAAACCCAGCAGGUACAAGGCCUGGUGAGUGAGACCCGGCACCACCACCGACCUGCGGACCAUGGACCACAUCUAUGAUCUUACCCCUGGUGACACCAUCUAUGACGUCCCACCUCCCGGUGACCUCAUCUAUGACCUCCCUCCCAAAGACGACCACGAUUAUGAGGCCAUCAAAAGCUGGACUCAAGGAGAACAAGAGACUGUACUUCCCGUGUCCCCGAGCGGCGCCGCAGUGAAGCGGGAGCUCGCCGUGCAGGAGAUCGUCCACACGGAGACGAUGUUCCUGCACCACCUGCGCCUGUGUGUGGACUUGAUGCUGGCGCCGCUGCGCGAGACGCAGGUGGAGGGCCCCGACGUGAGCCUGGUGUUCGGCAACAUGGAGGAGAUCAUCGGCGUGUCGCAGGCCCUGCUCCAGGCCCUGCACGACUGCACACGGGGCGGCUCCGAGUCGCACAGCACCCUGGGCGAGGUGUUUGAGAAGUUCUCCCCGGACAUCGAGGCGGCCUACAGGCCCUACUGCCAGUACUAUGAGGAGGCCGCCGCCUGUCUCAAGUGUUGCCGCGGCAACCCGGCCACCAGCGCCCGCAUCGAAGCCUGCGAGGCCCAACUCGUGGAACAGCUGGGCAUGAACGUGGACCUGAGCUUCAUGCUCAUCAAGCCGGUGCAACGCGUGAUGCGCUACUCACUGCUGCUGCAGGCAGUGCUGAAUCGCACGCCCGAGGGGCACCCGGAGCACGCCGCGCUGAAGCGCGCCGUGCGGGCGCUGCUCGAUGUCAACUCGAGCAUCAACGAGCAGAAGCGGCGCACCGACCAGGUGCUCAAGUACCGCCGACAGGAGGCGAUGCCGCUGGUGGAUCGGCUGUCGCGGCUGAACCUGCACACGCUGCAGAAGAAAGGGGCGCGCCUGAGCCAGCAGUUCCGAACGGCCACGGGGCUCUCCGCACUGCCCGCGGAUGAAGAAUUUGAGAAGGCGCACGACUCGUUCCUCGCCCUGCAUCGCCUCGUCGGAGCCCUGCUGCACGGGCUGGAGGGGUACCUGCUGCAUCUGCAGGGCCCCCAGGACGCGUGGCUGGCGGCCGCGCCCGGCCUGCGGGUGCUGUGGCCCGAGCGGAACGACGACAUCGCCGAGCCGCUCCGCGCGGCACUCCACGCCAUCGCCGAGAGGCACACGCAGCAGCUGCGUUCGCGCCUGGAGAGCCGGGUGGUGCCGCUGCUGAGCGGCGUCCACCACGCCUUCGCCAUGCCCCAGCUGCUGGUCCAGAAGCGCUUCGACAAGCUGCUCGACUACGGCCACUGGAUGGAGCACGCCGGCUCGCUGGAUGAUGCGCAGCAGCCCUUGGAGCUGUCGCGGCGCGAGUACGAGACCCUGAACGUGCAGCUGCUGGAGGAGCUGCCGACGUUCUGCCGCUGCGUGGCCGCGCUCGCACUCGGCGCCAUCCAGGGGCUCGUCCGAGCCCACCGAGCGUUCCUCGGGGCCGCCGCCGCAGAGAUGGAACCGCUCCGAGAGAUGAUGAACAUCGAGGCCGGGGACCCGAACAUCCUCCCGUACUUCCUCAGCGCCAGCGCCAGGCACGAGGACAUCCUCUCGCACCUGCAGUUUUCUGCAGACCCCAUGAUCCUCCUGCCGGGCUCCACCCUCGCCUCCCCUGCUAGGCCCGCGUCGCCGGGGCCCGUCCUGCCCCCGAAGCUGGCGCAGUACCCGGCGGAGCAGCUGCACCGGGUGACGGCCAACACGACGCCGUUCAAGCAGACUGACCUGCGGCUGUGCCGCGGCGCGGUGGUGGCCGUCGUCACGCGCCACGACACGCAGGGGAACUCUCAUCGCUGGCUCGUCGACAGCGGGGUGUCACGUGGUUUCGUGAAGUCCUCGCUGCUCGUGCCGUACAAGGCGGCGGGAUUCUCCUCCUCUUCCUCCUCCUCCUCCUUAUCAUCCUCAUUCUCCUCCAUGGCGAUCAACCUCCGCGUGCCGUCCAUCUUCGUAUCCGGCGACUCGCCACCUGGUGACGGCACCUCCAAGCGAGCGCCCGGAGCGACGCCCUCGGGCGGCAGCGCCUCCCGGCCAGCGCAUCGGCCGAGCCGCGCCCUCGACGCCAAGCGGGGCAGCCUCGGCCUGGUGGCGGCACCGGCGGUGACCUCGCCGAAGCCAGAGGAGCCUCAAACCGGCAGGCCCGGCAUCGCCGAUUCGCGCAACGAACUGCUGCUGCCGGGGGGCGACCGGCCGCGAUCGGCGUCGGUCUGCAUCGAGCGUGGCUAUGGGUGGGCGGUGCCCGGGGAUGGUGGCGGUGACGGCGGUGGCGGUUGGGGCGGUACUGGUGGUGGUACUGCCACCACGGACGGCGGGGCCGAACACUCGCCGGAAAGCCAGGCGAGUAGCGGGAAGCACGUGGGCCAGAGGAGACGCUGGACCAUGGGGUCGAGGGCCGAGAGCGAAGGGGGGCAGCAACCUCCCGGUGCGGUGCCGACCGCCUCUCCGCUGCCACUGGACAGACAGGAGUGGUGUGCGCUGUUCACGUUCUCGGCGCAGGGCGUGGGCCAGGCGAGCGUGCGCGCGGGACAGCGCGUGCGCGUGCUGCACACGAGCGACCUCGGGGGGAAUCCACAGUGGUGGCUCGUGGAGAGUGACAGCGGCCACCGGGGCUACGUGCCCGCCAGCUUCCUCGGCACCGUGCAGCGCUAGCAGCGCUCCGCUAGCCUCUCCCUAUCUACCAGCGCUCCGCUCUGCUAGCCUCUCCCUAUCUACCAGCGCUCCGCUCCGAUAGCCUCUCCCUCUCUACUAGCCCGCCUCUCCUCUCUGCGAGCCCCUCUCUCCGCUGGCGCUCCACUAGCCUCCCCCUCCGCAAGCACUCCGCUAGCCCCUCUAUCCUCUAUCUCUUAGCCCUCCGCUAGCACUCCGCUAGCCCCUCUAUCUGUUAGCACUCCGCUAGCACUCCGCUAGCCCCUCUCUCUGUUAGCACUCCACUAGCCCCUCUCUCUGCGAAUGCUCUGCUCCACUAGCCCCUCUCUCUGCUAGCGGUCUGCUCCACUAGCCCCUCUCUCUGCUAGCGGUCUGCUCCACUAGCCCCUCUCUCUGCUAGCGCUCUGCUCCACUAGCCCCUCUCUCUGCUAGCGGUCUGCUCCGCUAGCCCCCUCUCUCUGCUAGCGCUCUGCUCCACUAGCCCCUCUCUCUGCUAGCGGUCUGCUCCACUAGCCCCCUCUCUCUGCUAGCGCUCUGCUCCACUAGCGCCGCUCUUCUCUCUGCGAGCUCGACUCGUGGGCACGUCUGCGCUGUGUGUCUCGCCAGGGGUGGGAGCCGAGCCGAGAGGUCGUCCCCACAGCCCCCGUGGGGGCGAUGGAGGGAUCAUUGCAGGGCCAUCCGAGACGGUAGCGGCUUGGGGGGAGGCCUUCAUCCAAAAGUGGACUGAACAUGGCUGAUGAUGAUUUCAGACACUUUAACGAUGUCGAUUGUCAUUCAUAUAAUCAGAGCAUAGAUGUAUAAGUUCAUUCAUAGUAUGUCACCCAAUUAGGGCUGUAAUUUACACGUAAAUAAUUUGUGUCAAACGACUGACCUAUCCCAUGAACAUUUACAGAUUUUAUAAAUUGCGUUCAACAGAUAAUUGUGUUCAACAUGACACUGAAGGUGUGUGUGUGUAUAUAGGUGCUCGCAAAAAGCACUUGCCCCAACAGUCUCUUCAGCCUAUACAGGGAAUAUUUUUGUAUAUGUAUAUAUAAUAGUGGGGAGCGGUAGUGUAGCGGUUGGCAUGCUGUACUACAAGCCUGGCGACCCGACUUCGAUUCCUGCUCACGGCCAACACCACUCACAGUUAUCUGAUGCAGUGCUGAGCCUCCCCUGGGUCGACUCGGCCUCACAUGAGUGUUCGGUGCGAUGUGAAAAUAUAGCCACGAGGGAGACAAAGGCGGCCGGGCGUGGUGCUGGCCCCCCACCCCCUCGUGUGCCAUGCUGGCCUUCAUAGGUGCUCGCUAACAGCACUUGCCCCAACAGUCUGUUGAGGCCAUACAGGGGGAUCUUUGUCUUUGUGUAUAUAUGUAAAAUGGGAUAAUGGUAGAAUCGUGACUGUGUGAGGCUGCCUCAUCUUUGGAACAAUGUUCGUGGUUGUGCUUUCCACGCACCAGCCGGGCAGCAGCAGUCUGGCCGGUGGCGGGGGUCAGAGGGCGCGUGGCUCGUGGUGGUGGACGCUGCGAUUCCAUCAUCCCUCUCGAGUCAAUAAAAUCUGUAACACUUUGUGGGGAAGUCGAGACGGCGCUUGUCCCAAGGAUAAAAUUCGUCGUCGUCCCCCCCCCCCGUCCCCCCGUAUAAAUGUGGAAUUAAUACCACUGGCUGAGGCCUGAAAAUUGGUGAGCGAUCAAUCCCAAGAUUUGUAACGCGCCUUAUUGGGCAAAAAGCAGAGACGGAAGCGCUUAUGGCACUGAGAAAAAUUAACUGAACUCAACUCACCAGAAGAAAAAAUAAAUGUUUCUCGUCCGGACUGAAGAGCGGGUAACGGAUACCGUUCCAGACACCGAGGCUGCAGGUGUAAAACUCCAUUCUUUUGCUGAGUGCAUCGUUUACUCCGUACAGCAAGCAUAGAGUUGCAAUCGUCAAGGCGAGAGUGGGACCGAGAACGGGUCCCUGUGGGAUGCCGAAUGGAGACAGGACAACGGUGGAGAUGGGACAACGGUCCAUCUUUGGUGAAGAUAAAACGGCCGAAUGAGUGCAGGACACGGUGAUCGAUGAGGACACAAGUGGCCAGAAUGUUCAGUCCUACCGGUGCUUCCACCCACCCACAAUGGACAGCCGCCAGGAGAUCGUGGAAAAUAGCACACGGCCGUGGUCUCGGUGGAGCGGAGGGAUCGGUAAGCGGACUGAAGUUCAUCGAGCGAGCUACGUGGUGAGGCCUUAGCCGUGCCAGUUCCGAGCCGCUCAGCUCCUCUCGAGUUCGUAGAAAGAUUGGAGAGUGGCCCGAUAAUUUGCAUCUUCGCACCUGACAAGAUUGUCUUCAGGAGUGGAGAGAUUUGGCACUUGCCCAAAUGGACAGCAAAGUGCAGGAGCUGAGAGACGGGUUAGACAGGCGUGAGACCAUCACGGGCCGUGGCUCUCUGCAGGCUUUCAGGAGCAUGAUCGGGGAAAAUAGCAAGCGGGAGAAGCCUUCGUUGGCAGUUCUUCCAUGAUCUUCACUCCGUGUUGUAUUCCCUAUGCAAGUGGCUCAUAUGUCUACGUGCAGCGAUGAUGUAACCGUGCAUGUUAUAAAUGUGAAUGUGGCAGUAAUUUUUUUAAUGAGGCAUUUAAUUCUGGGCGCAUUCAUAGACUUAAUUUCAUUUGAGCCAGGUUAUAAAUAGCAUUCAAAGAUAAUAAUGGUGAUGAUAAGUCUAUCAUUCAGGUCAUAUAACGUAUAUUCACAUGCUGUACACAGUACUUUGCUUGUUGAUGUGAAGUAUAAACUCAUCGGAUAUUCAACGCGAGUCUGUAUAAGCUUCCACAAACACCUCGUCGGUCGCCUGCUGUGCGUGCCGCGUUCGGCGCCCGAGUGUGCACAAAAAUUUUUAAUGUCCGUGUAUCGUCCACAGUUAUUUAAUAAAUUGAUUUCCAAAAAAUGCGAACGGCGUCAAAUAUAUCCGCAGUGCCAAGGACACCACGGCCGUGCGUCCGUCACGCAAUCCCCGCCCCCCCCCCGUACCCCACCAAGGGACCCGGCAGCGCGGUGGAAGCAGCAUCGCUUGCAGCCGCGGAGAGGCUGAUGAUCUUUAUUUAAAGUGGAUCCCCGCUGCCAAAAUUCUAUUGAAGGCGCUCGACGGG